CUGUGGCAAAGGAGAUCGUGCGGUCAUUUGGCACGUUCGUUAUUGAGUGGUACUCUGUUCUGUAUCGGUGUAAUCCAACUUAAAUGUUUUAAGAAAUUGUGUUGGUGGAUGCUUCCAAGUUCUUUUCUCAAGUGGAGAGACUGCGAGGCGCGAUGCUCUUUACGAUCCCACAGCCGCCGCAUCUCUGUGAUAAAGUGAACAGAUUGGGGCUCAAUGCCCACCACCGCUCCUGACACGAGUCUUAUGGGGGGCUCCUUUGAAUAUUUUCUCACUUGUGGCGCUUCUGCUGACAGUGGUUCAAAGUCUUGUUUCUCACCAGACAGAUACAGUUUAUAUGCGAUUGGGAAAACGACUUCAAAUGGUGUUUAUCGUCUCACCGUGUACUGGGUAAUGUGAGCUCUUGAAUAUUGCGACUAUGUUUCAAUCUAAGACAAGUAGAAGAUCAGAAGAGCGCAUUUCAAAGACAUAAGAAAAGUAGACACAAGUAGAUUCAAGCACCAUUUAUUCUUUUUAACUGGGUGAAGAAAUUGCGAUACAGUAGCGAUGCGCAUCUUAUUCGACUCGUCUGUCAAAGCGACAAGACGUUAAUACCUGUGACUUGGCAUAUAUCUGUCUUAUGACAUGAAAGAGGAAACUCGACCUAUUGCAUCUGUAAACAUUCAUUAUGUUUUACUUUGAUCCGUCACAAGAAAAGCUGAGCUGAUUAGUCUUUUUUUUCAACAGAAUCCAGCUGCUGAUAUCAAGCAAGUAACUAUGACAGAGGCGGACUUUUCUUAUUUUUUUUUCAAUGUAGAGUUUAUGACCACAAUACAGCCAUUCGUUCUUAAUUUCCAGAUUAUCAUCUGAUAGCCAUACAGUGUGCUGCCUUUUUUCAAGACACAGCAGCUGCGAACUCCUGGCCUUUUUUGAUUUGAUUCACAACUCACCACCCUGCGCUCAAUUGUCGUGCUCUGCAUGGAAUCGUCAUCGUUGACGAUCACUUUGGCACCGAAA